GGUGACUCGAUUAAGUCAUGAUUAGAAAAGGAGCUAACUCUCAGCUGCUGUUCAGCUAGGCUAGCUAUGUCAAUGAAAUGUGGAAGGAAGCAAGCUAGCUAGUAAACCUGUCGUUGCUAACCAACCUGAUCACCUGCGUCUUUUAACAUUAGCAUAGGUUUAUUGUUGUUAUUCGUCAUCAUCGAGCUAAGUUAUUAUCUCGUAGUGUAAGGAGACGCAAUUCUAAGUUAGCUAGCUAGUUAUUUAUAGUCAGUCAGUGCUUGACAGCCAAGUAUCUCAAGGCUAAAUUUCCUACGAUGUUCCUGACAUGUUUCCUACUCUGACAGGUUAACAAAUGGAUUUCCUCACGCUAUUUGCUAUCUAUGUGGUGGUUGUGCUGACCUGCAUUGCCUUGAUUUGUAAAUAUUCUGGUCAGCAACAAACUCCUUUUGGUUUACUUUUCGACUCCUUGACAAAGGUAAUAGCACCUUGGACACCACUAUGGCUUCAAAGCUUUACACAGAGGACCUUGCACAGGCUAUUUCAUCAACGGAACAGCAUGUUUAUCUAUCUCCAUAUCUUACUGGAGGGGGCCGUGUACACAGAGUUCACCUAUGAGGUGUUUGGAUACUGCAGGGACAUGGACACCACUCUCACCAGCCUAUCUGUGCCUUAUGUUCUACUGGUGGUCAAAUCCUGCUUCUUCUACCUCUGCAUUAGAAGGGAACCUGGUACAGUUACAAAGAAGCGACAUGCAGGUCAGCUCCAGGUAUACCCAUAUGACAAGAGGAUAUUCUACCCAGGAGUCUGCUGUCCAACCUGUCAGCUGGUCAAACCUGCUCGCUCAAAACAUUGUAGAGUCUGCAACAGGUGUGUGCAGCGCUUCGACCACCACUGUGUCUGGGUCAACAACUGCAUCGGCGCUCAGAACACCCGGUACUUCCUUCUCUACCUGCUGAGUGUGUGUGCCAUGGCAGCAGACAUGGCACUACUGACGGGGGACAUGUUACUGCACGCUGUGGUGCGCUCAGGCAUCCUACAAGGCCACUACGUAGAUGAUGAUGGGCAGCAACAGCAGGCAGGGAUGCUCUUUGUCAUACAGCACCUGUUCCUGACCUUCCCCAGGAUCGUGUUCAUGCUGGGCUUCCUGGUCUUCGUCUUCCUGCUCCUGGCGGGCUACGCCUUGUUCCACUCCUACCUAGCCCUGGUCAACCAGACCUCCAACGAGUGGUACAAGGGACGAGGGAACAUCUGCCAGCACUGCCACCCCUCACCUGACCACCUCUGUGGUCCGCCAGCCUCUGACCAGUCCAAAAGGUGGUUCUAUAGUAGAGGGGUGCUUAGAAACCUGGGAGAGAUAUUUUUCCCUCUCCGUCCCGUGCAGAAAAAAGACAAUUGAGUUUGACAGAGGCAGUUUAUAGGCCCACUAGCUACAGUACGGAAUGUUUGUCAUUUUUAUUUUUGUAAGAUAUUGUUGUGGGUUUUGGUGGAUUUUAACCAUAUUUUUCUAACUGGCAAUAAAGCUUCUGUUUACACCUUU